AUGCAUAAUUAUGGAUGCGGGCAAGGCAAAUACUUUUUAAAAGAUGGCUUAUUAUUUGCAAGUGAUAUUUGUCCUGAAAUCUUGCAAGAUAUUGAUAGGCAUGCGAAUACCGAUGUACACCUCGCGAACACUUUGCACCUACCUUACAGAGAUGAAUGUAUAGACGCCGCGUUAAUGGUAUCAAUAAUCCAUCAUUUGGCGACACCUAAACGUCGUAGGGAUUCCAUAAAUGAAGUUGCAAGAUGCCUUUCACCUGGGGGUCUGCUGCUGAUUUACGUGUGGGCAUUUGAACAACCCUGUGGACGAAUACCGCUUAUGAAAUUCCAUAUGAAUUCCACUCAAGAACAACGAAUUAUACAGAAUUCAGUUUCGAUUAAUCUGAACGGAAGGAAGAAUAUUAUCAACAAUAAUAUAUUAGCAUUUAUUCUCUGGAUCAAUUCAUUAUUCCGGAAGAUAUUUAAAUCUGAAAAAUUCCUCUCAAUUUCUCCAUCUUCGCCACACUCGCUUCCACCUCCUUACCCUCUUUUCGAUUCUCAUACAGCUAAUCUAAUGUUAAAUUCCGUAAUCACUGGUAUCAAUAACUGGAAUCCAAAUUUAAGAUUUAAUUUAAAAUCCUUAACAAUGAGUAUUGAAGAACAAUUUGCUUACGAAUUAUCGAGUCAAAUCAUCGAAGAUGUUUUAUUAGAAGUCGCAAGCACAUAUCGGAAUAUUACAUUUUAUCGGUAUUACCAUGUUUUCAAAAAGGGUGAAUUAGAAAAAUUAAUUGCAACAAUACCGACUCUACGAAUAAUUUCCUCCGAAUAUGAAUAUGCGAAUUGGCGAAUUAUUGCUCAAAAAUGCUAA